AGUGGAUCCAAAUCGAAGCGAAAUUCUUUUCUUCUCUGUUUACUCCAAAUGGGAACCAAAAACCAAACUAAUUACAAAUCCACAAGAAGCAUGGCUUUCUCCCACCAAGGCUUGGUGGUGGGCAAUUACUGCCAUGAUAUUCUCCUUAAAGACGACGUCGUAUUAGCAGAAUCAUUGGGUGGUGCUGCAUCUUUCAUCUCCAAUAUUUUUUCUCUCUUUUCAAUUCACUGUAGUUACAUCUCCAAAGUUGGCCUUGAUUUCAAUUACUCUCAUUCCAUUUCCACCCCUCCAAUAAUCUCCCCCACUUCCAAAACAACCCUUUUUGAAGCCCGUUUCUCCUCUACUAAGCCCAAUUCCGAUGGGUCAUCGGGUUCUGAUCGGACCCUCAAACGGGUAUUUGCAUGUGACCCUAUUAACCCAAUUGAUUUACCCAUUUGCAAAAGAUUUGAUUUUGGUAUGGCUGUGGGUGUUGGAGGUGAAAUAAAACUUGAAACUUUGGAGAAAUUAGUUGAGAUUUGUGAUGUUGUUUUCGUAGAUGUUCAGGGAUUAAUUAGAGAAUUUGAUCAAAUUGAUGGUACUGUUAGAUUAAUUAAGCUUAAAGAUACUAACUUUUAUCCUUUAUUACCAAAGAUUGGAUUUUUAAAGGCUUCAGCAGAAGAAGCACAGUUUUUGGAUAUUGAGGAAGUGAGAAAAUUGUGUUGUGUAGUGGUUACUGAUGGUGAGAAAGGUUGUAAAGUGUAUUGGAAUGAUGGGGAAGUUGAAAUUUCACCAUUUUCGACGGUUCAGAUUGAUCCUACUGGUGCUGGGGAUAGUUUGUUAGGGGGGUUUGUUGCUGGACUUGUUCUUGGAUUGAGUGUUUGUGAUGCUGCAUUGUUGGGGAACUUUUUUGGGUCUUUAACAGUUUCACAAAUUGGGUUGCCUAAGUUUGAUCCUAAGUUGUUGCAGAGAGUCAAAGACGAGGUACAAAACAGGUCACUACAGUGUACUCAGCACCAAGUUGGAGACAGAAACAAAUGUCGGUUUUCAAAACCACUUGGCCACGAGCAAUUCUACGAGACCCUUAAUGCUAUCAGACGCGCAUUUUACAUACCCGUACAAGAAUAUAACACGGAUCUGCCAGAUGUGCAUCAUAAACAGACAACUUCAACCUUAAAUCAUUGUACGAAGCAUCAUUGCAGUUGACUAAAGUUGAUGCUUGAUCCUGUUUCGGCAUAUGAUGAACCUAUCAAGCCGCCUGAAGGUAGACUGUGAUGGCUUCUAUGGAAGUUGUAACACAUUAUCAUCUUUUUUUGUAAUGCUGUAAUCCUACAGAGAAUAAUUUGGGUGGUUAGAUAUGCACCCUAAAGUAAAUAACUUAAGUUCAUUACGUAGGAAUUUUGUUGUGAAAGCGGAAUCUCGUUUCUUUUGUUGUACUUCUGUAAAUGUCUAAUCUCAUUUGAGCUGCUAGAAUAACCUGCAUUUGCUAAUGUUUUCAAUUUCCUAAUUUUUUGUGUGCAAAUUGAUUAAAUUGUAGAGUUUAACAUACUCAAAUGUGUUAUUUUUGCCCUUUAAUUGUGGCGCUUUUCAAUUAUUA